UUUUCAAAGGUACCAUAUUGCACAAACAGGAAGUUCUCAGUCUUUUGGAUACGUCAUUCCGUCGAAUGAGGAAGGGGACGUCAUCGUAAGCUGUGUGAGUUGGAAGGGGUUGCAGUUGGAAGAUGUCGUGGAUAAGGGAAGGUGAAUUAAACCUGAUUGAGAAGCUCACAGCCAACAUACUGAAGUCUGGACCAAUGCCGAAACAUGUGGCUUUCAUCAUGGAUGGCAACCGGCGCUACGCUCGCAAGAGGCAGGUGGAGCGUCAAGAGGGACACACGCAGGGAUUCGACAAACUGGCGGAGACACUACGCUGGUGCCUGAACCUUAACAUCCUUGAGGUCACGGUGUACGCCUUCAGCAUCGAGAACUUCAAGCGGUCCAAAGAUGAGGUGGAUGGCCUAAUGGAGCUGGCCAAGCAGAAGUUCAUCAAACUUCUGGAGGAACAGGAGAACCUGGAGAAGCAUGGAGUGUGUAUCCGGGUGUUGGGAGAUCUGACCUUACUUCCAUUGGACCUGCAGCAGCACAUAGCCCGGGCUGUGGUCGCCACCAGGUCCCAUAACAAAUGUUUUCUGAAUGUGUGCUUCGCCUACACCUCACGACAUGAAAUAGCCAAUGCAGUCAGGGAGAUGGCUUGGGGAGUGGAGCAGGGUCACAUCAAAUCCAGUGAUGUGUCAGAGGCCUUGUUGAGUCAGUGUCUGUAUAGUAGUAACUCUCCCAACCCAGACCUGCUCAUUCGCACAUCCGGAGAGGUGCGCCUCAGUGACUUCCUGCUGUGGCAGACAUCCCACUCCUGCUUGGUGUUCCAGUCAGUUCUGUGGCCAGAAUACACAUUCUGGAACCUGUGUGAGGCCAUCCUGCAGUAUCAGCUCAACUACAGACCUCUUCAGAAAGCCAGAGACCAACACCAAGAGGACCAGGCCAUUCAGCAGCUGGAGGCAGACCGGGCCUGUGUAGCAGAACUCAUACAGCACUGUGGCAAUGGAAACCCACUCGAUGCCCAGAGGAGACAGGAAGCACUGCUCCAAUACACUGCCAGCCGAGAGGAAAGGGUUCAGGACUUCCUUUGCGCACUCCAGCACAAGAGAGACUCGUUCUUUACUGACUUAACCAGCCAGGCUGCUCUCAUUUAGAGGGUAUGUAGGGAGUGACGGUGCUCCCCAUCUUGGCUUGGGGGAGCACCGUCUCCUGAAGAGAACCUGGUUGGAAAUGUCUUAUUUUGUAUGAGUGAUUUGUAUGAAGAUAAGGCCAUUUUACCCCUAUGGGGCUGUUUGUAGUCUGUAUUUAUGUUUGUAGUCUGAUCAAUACCUAAUAAAAAGAUGGUCAAAUGGUAAA